AUGGGGGGAAAAGGGAAGGCGGGCAAGGAGGUGGGAGGGGUGCGGGAGGGGCAGGUUCAAAAGAAGCGGAAAGGAAAGGCCGGCAAAGUGACGUGGGUUAAGUAUACAGUGGUGAAAAUGUUUGGCGAGGAGGCGGAGGGCAAGACGCGCAACGAGAAGCGGCCAUAUGCGGAGGCGUACCCGAAUGUUCCCCCUGAAGUGCUUGUUGGAGGGGCUGUCGGCGGGGGGCAGGGGGCAAUGGAGCAGUUUUUGGCGCCAAAGUUGGUGAAGGGGGAGCUGCGAGCUGCCAUCGCCAAGUUUGUUGUGAUGAGCGGCAGUUCCUUCCGCGUCGUCGACUGUUACGCUCCAAAUGUCAUUCCAUCGUGCUGGACAGUUGCCUGUGACGUGACGAGGUAUGCCGACAUGGCACGGGCGUUGGCCAGGGCUGAGCUGGAGCUGGAGGAGGAGGAGGUCCUGCCAUUGUUCAGGGGCACGACGCGUGUUGAGAAGGAGAAGUACGCUGCCUUGCGCUUGUCUGAUGAUCAGUGGGCGGCACUGGUGGCUGCCCUGCCCGUCCUGCAGAAGUACUACGACAGCAGCACUGACGAGCUGACGGUCGCCACCUUCCUCGACCCUGGCCUGAAGUUGGUGUACUUCGCGAUGGACAGUGUGCCGACAGUGGCGUAG